AUGGGCGUCUUUCUGACCCUAUUCCUCUACGCCAUCACGACAGCCGUCUUCCUGCCCGUCUUUCAGUCGCUCGUCUUUUUCAAAGUGAGUCGAACUCUGUUUCACGUGUUUCACGGGUUUUCGGUUUGUGCGAGCGAGAUUAUCGCGAUUUCGAAUCAUCGUUUUACAGGCUUGCGUCGCGCAUUCCAAUUCCACACACCAUGAGUACUGCCAUUCGGAGGAGGCCGCCGCGCGCGAUCAACAAGUGCACAAGACCGCCAACUUUAUUCUCAUGGCAUCGUAAGUUGUUGGGGUUGGAUAGAGCGACAAUAGUUACACCUCGAAGUACUGCUCUCAGAAACGUUUAUCUUUAGUUACGUAUAUCUCUAGAUCCAGUAACAAUUUCAAAAAGUGUUCAACUGAAAAGUUGUUGCAAUUUUCAAGCUAAACAACUUUCUAGUUGAUCAUUUCACUCCAAAACCCAUCAUUCCUGAGUUAUGCUCCAAUUUCUAAACAGUGUCCACUAGAAACUGACAAAACAGAAAACGCGUGAAAUUUAUCAGUGAGAACACGCGCCUGCUUUAAGUAAAAUCUUGAAAUAUUCAAGUAGGAGGAGUUUAUGUCUUGCCUGCUCCACAGUUUUUGAAAAACGGUGUCACCACCAGUGGUGGCCGACUACAAAUAGAGAGGAAAGUGAGCCACGGCUACACAGAGAAAUGAACUAAUGCGGACUAAUCACGCAGUCGCUUUGACGUAGGAGAACGGUGUGAUGAAGUGGAAACAUGAAAAUUCUUCGUGGGGAUGAAAAUAGUGAGAGAGGGCUGAUAAGGAGUCUGAUUGACGUAAGCACGUCGAGAGCGAGUGAGAGUUGGAGGUCUGAAAGAGUGCAGUUAGGGGGCUAACCCGUCAAUUUGGUUGAUUUUUGAAGGCCUAGGAUACUGUGGGGACACUGAAGAAGACACUAUAGGAUAGAACCGUUGAAAAUAGCGUAACAGCUGAUUAACUUGAGAUUUGCAGAAGCACUGGCCUCUGUCUGACGGCCUUUGUCACUUCUCGAUGGAUUGGUCAGCUGAGUGACAUGAAAUCGCGAAAACUCGCGUUCCUCAUCCCAUUCACCGGCCUCUUCAUCUCGGAUCUCACCAUUCUCGUACAAGUUAUAUGGCCUACGGUAGGAGUUUGCAAACUUUAUCUUUUUUUUGUUAAGAAUUAGAAUAGUUUACAGUUAUCCCCAUACUUUUUCAUCAUUUCGGAAGUAGUUUACGGAUUCUUCGGCGGUUACAUGUCCAUAACUUCGGGAGCAUUCGCUAUUAUCAGCUCAAUGUACAAGGAUAGUAGCGAGCGGGCGAAAGCGAUCGGAAGGAUGGAGGGCACGAUUGCGUUGGGAUGUGAGUGUCGGCGGCGUUGUGAUCGAUAAUAGUUGUAACAUUUUCAGCGACCGUCGGCUACCUAAUCUCCUCGCAACUCGACAAGAUCAGCUUCCUCGGCAUGGCGAUCUUCUUCCUCGUCACCCACGUGAUCGCCUUCUUCUCCGCCUUUUUCAUGGAAGAUCCCACCGAUCAUCACUACGACGAGGUGGAUCUCGAGCCGAAGAGCCUCUUCUCCGUCUGCACCGGCACUCAGAUCGUGAAGGGAAAGCCGAAAAAGACGCGCUACAACUUGUACGUCCUCUUCGGCUCCUUCUCCCUCUCCUACUUUGCGUUCAUCGGAUCCACCCGCAUUCUACUGUUCUAUCUGAAGCACAAGUUCUUCUGGGGACCCGAAAAGUACGGAUACCUCAAGGCCAUCAACCAGGGCGCCACUUCGAUUGUGUCGCUGACCGUGUUCCCAAUGCUCAAAACGUAUGGGCUCAGCGAUGUGAGCCUGGCCAUUUUCGGCCUGUUGACGAGGAGUAUGGGCCGACUUUGGUACGCGAUAUGUUGGAGUGACGUCACCGUCUAUAUGGUCGUCUUUUGCGAAAUGUGGUCAAAGUUUCCGGCGACCGCAUUGCGAAGUCUCAUUUCGUCGAAUGUCGGAGAGCACGAGAGAGGUAAAAAGGGCACUGUAUUGUGCUUAGACACCCCAAUUGUUCAGGAAGCGCGUUCUCGUCGGUCGCCAUGGUCGAAGCGAUCUGCAAUCUCGCGAGCUCGUGGUUCUUCCACGGCAUUUUUCCGUUCACCCUCAACACGUUCCCCGAAUUCUCGUUCGUCAUCAUGCCCAUCAUCAUUUUGCCGGCCGUUUUUGCCAUGUUGUAAGUUCUAGUCGCCUCCGAGCGCCUUCAAAAUUCCGCCGGUACACGUUCAGCAUCCGCCGAAGACCACUGCGCGCCAGUCAAUUGCCUCCAGGACACGAGCACGAGGCGCUAGCGGUUGACGACGAGGAAAAGCAAGAAGUACUGCCUGAAACCGAUACGCUAACCGAAUGUUCCAGUUCUCAAUCUUAA